GUCCCGCUAGAGCGACAUGAUGGUGGAGUCCGCCUCGGAGACAAUCAGGUCGGCUCCGUCUGGUCAGAAUGGCGUGGGCAGCCUCUCUGGGCAAGCUGAUGGCGGCAGCGGCGGGGCCACUGGCACGGCCGCAGGCUGCACGGGCAGGGAUGUAGCCACUGGUGCAGACAGCAACGGUGAGAUGAGUCCUGCGGAGCUGCUGCACUUCCAGCAGCAACAGGCUCUCCAGGUGGCCCGGCAGUUCCUGUUGCAGCAGGCCUCAGGCCUGAGCUCCCCGGGGAACAAUGACAGCAAGCAGUCUGCCUCUGCCGUGCAGGUGCCUGUGUCAGUGGCCAUGAUGUCGCCGCAGAUGCUCACCCCGCAGCAGAUGCAGCAGAUUCUGUCCCCGCCGCAGCUGCAGGCCCUGCUCCAGCAGCAGCAAGCCCUCAUGCUCCAGCAGCUGCAGGAAUACUACAAGAAACAGCAAGAGCAGCUCCACCUGCAGCUCCUCACCCAGCAGCAAGCUGGCAAGCAGCAACCCAAAGAGGCACUGGGGAACAAGCAGCUGGCCUUCCAGCAGCAGCUCCUGCAAAUGCAACAGUUGCAGCAGCAGCACCUGCUCAACCUGCAGAGGCAGGGGCUGGUCAGCCUGCAGCCCAACCAGGCCUCGGGGCCCCUCCAGACCCUCCCACAAGCAGCCGUGUGCCCGACGGACCUGCCCCAGCUGUGGAAGGGCGAAGGUACCCCCGGGCAGCCUGCCGAGGACAGCGUCAAGCAGGAGGGGCUGGACCUCACUGGCACAGCUGCCACCGCUACCUCGUUCGCCGCUCCCCCCAAGGUCUCACCCCCGCUCUCCCACCAUACCCUGCCCAACGGACAGCCCACUGUGCUCACAUCUCGGAGAGACAGCUCCUCCCACGAGGAGACCCCUGGCUCCCACCCGCUGUAUGGACAUGGGGAGUGCAAGUGGCCAGGCUGCGAGACCCUGUGUGAAGACCUGGGCCAGUUCAUCAAACACCUCAACACAGAGCACGCCCUGGACGACCGCAGCACGGCCCAGUGCCGGGUGCAGAUGCAGGUGGUGCAGCAGCUGGAGAUCCAGCUCGCCAAGGAGAGUGAGCGGCUGCAGGCCAUGAUGGCCCACCUGCACAUGCGGCCCUCCGAGCCCAAGCCCUUCAGCCAGCCGGUGACCGUCUCUGCAGCAGACUCCUUCCCAGAUGGCCUUGUGCACCCCCCAACCUCGGCCGCUGCCCCUGUCACCCCCCUACGGCCCCCUGGCCUCAACUCUGCCUCCCUACACAGCGGGGGCCCUGCCCGCCGGAGAAGCAGCGACAAGUUCUGCUCCCCCAUCUCCUCAGAGCUGGCGCAGAAUCACGAGUUCUACAAGAACGCCGACGUCAGGCCCCCCUUCACCUACGCCUCCCUCAUCCGCCAGGCCAUCCUGGAAACCCCCGACAGGCAGCUGACCCUGAAUGAGAUCUAUAACUGGUUCACUAGGAUGUUCGCCUAUUUCCGCAGGAACACCGCCACCUGGAAGAACGCCGUGCGACACAACCUCAGCCUGCACAAGUGCUUCGUCCGCGUGGAGAACGUCAAGGGUGCUGUGUGGACCGUGGACGAGCGGGAGUAUCAGAAGCGGAGACCGCCAAAGAUGACGGGGAGCCCCACCCUGGUCAAGAACAUGAUCUCGGGCCUCAGCUACGGAGCACUUAAUGCCAGCUACCAGGCCGCCCUGGCCGAGAGCAGCUUCCCCCUCCUCAACAGCCCUGGCGUGCUGAACCCCGGCUCUGCCAGCAGCCUCCUGCCCCUCAGCCAUGACGACGUGGGCGCCCCCGUGGAGCCGCUGCCCAGCAACGGCAGCAGCAGCCCGCCUCGCCUCUCCCCACCCCAGUACAGCCACCAGGUGCAGGUGAAAGAGGAGCCGGCUGAGGCGGAGGAAGACAGGCAGCCCGCGCCCUCCCUGGGCCCCCCCAACCCCAGCGCCGUGGGGCCUCCGGAAGACAGGGACCUGGAAGAGGAGCUGCCCGGAGAAGAACUGUCCUAAGGGCUUGUCUGGCGGGCAGGGCAGGGGUGUGACCCCUCCCUCCUGGACCCGGGCCCACCUGUCCCACUCCACAGCCCCUCCCAAGCCUCAAGGCACUUCCGGGACUCAGAUGGGGGAGGCCUGGGCCAGCAAGUCCCCAGGUGACCCGACUGACAAACACUUGGGGGCAGGGACGGUCCUCACCCCUAGGGGACACAAAACCCCUGGUCUGGGACCAGUAAAGGACACGUAAAGGACACGGAGGGCCCAGAGCCCUCCUCAGACCCUCCCCCACAUCUGAAUACCGCCUCCCCCAACCACCAGCAGCAUCAGGGCCCUCCUCCCCCACCAGCUCCCCCUACAGGGCCCCUCAGCGCCACGGAGACCCGGAGACCCGCAGGCGGGGCUAAGUCACCCCUCUCAAACCCGGGGCCCCUUGCACCUGGCUCUGGCAGUGUUUUCUGGCCAGAGGCCCCCACUUCCCUAAUUCGUGCUCCCUUCCGCCGCCUUUUCCGUACUGUGAAGAAAUAACUCCCCACCCGA